CUCCGAGAGAAGUCUUUAUAGUUUUUCUUACAAAUUCUUGACGCCGUAGAACUUGUGCAAUUUUGCACAAUCAACUUCAGGCGGUGUAGUUUGAGUUUGUUAAAAACCUCAUAUAUGGGCAACGAAGUGCGACGAAGAUCGCAUUUUCGUUGCGUCUUUGAAUACUAUCGGCCAUGAAUUUCCUUUGACUUCUGCCAACAUCGAAAUACUGCCGGAUUCACGCGGACGACGCGGCUUCAUUGAUUGCAGCUCGUCACUAUGGCUUUACGUCGUGGAAAACGCAAUUUGAAACUGCAGGUUUCUGACGAAGUGCCCAUACCAGUAACACCACCAAGAAAUUUAGACAAACGAACUACUAUUACUAUAGAUGAGAAAACAUUUGUUGUGGAAGCUGAUGAUUUAGAGACACUUUGUAUACUUGGACGUGGAGCAUAUGGGAUUGUUGAUAAAAUGCGACAUAAACAGAGUGGUACAAUUAUGGCAGUUAAGAGAAUAACUGCAACUGUUAAUACACAAGAGCAAAAACGGCUACUUAUGGAUUUAGACAUUUCCAUGCGUAGUUCAGCAUGCUCCUAUACGGUACAAUUUUAUGGAGCUUUAUUUCGAGAGGGAGAUGUAUGGAUAUGUAUGGAAGUGAUGGACAUGAGCCUUGAUAAAUUUUACACAAAAGUGUAUAAACAUGGCCAUGCCAUUCCUGAAGACAUUUUAGGAAAAGUAGCUUUUGCGGUAGUAAGUGCAUUGCAUUAUCUUUAUUCACAAUUACGAGUGAUUCACAGGGAUGUUAAGCCUAGUAAUAUUUUAAUUAAUCGAAAAGGCGAAGUAAAAAUUUGCGAUUUUGGCAUAUCGGGUUAUCUUGUUGACUCGGUUGCCAAAACUAUCGACGCUGGAUGCAAACCAUAUAUGGCUCCAGAAAGGAUAGAUCCCUCAGGUAACCCAUCGCAAUAUGACAUUAGAUCCGACGUUUGGUCGUUAGGAAUUUCUCUUGUUGAGUUAGCCACAGGUAAAUUUCCAUAUGAGUCAUGGGGUACACCGUUUGAGCAAUUAAAACAAGUGGUAAAGGAUGAAGCUCCGAAGUUACCUGCUGACAAAUUCUCUCCUUCAUUUGAAGAAUUCAUCAAUAAGUGUUUAAUGAAGGAUUACACUGCCCGUCCCAACUACAGUCAAUUGCUAGAACUCAGUUUUAUUACACAACAUGCUCAGAAGGACACAAAUGUGGCGGAAUUUGUUGGAGAGAUUCUAGACUUACCAGAAAAUGAGCAGCCGGUAUAGUGGAUACGCAACUUUGACACAGCUUGCAAUAUAACUUGACUUACACUUCUAUUUUGGCAAGAUAAUUGUUUAAUGGCAUUUUCGUAUGUAUUAUAUACAAUUUAUAUGAUCA